AUGCAUUUGCUUCUUCGUGUGAUCAUAAUUUCGUUGUUAUGGCCCAUCAGCAUAGUGGCAGCAUCAUCAUCAGAUAAAGUUACACCGGUAUUAAAGUCUGACUGCGAAUCUCAUUGCGGAAAUGUUAGCAUCCCAUACCCUUUUGGGAUUGGACCUAGCAUCAAUUGUUACUUGUACGAUUGGUUUGAAAUAGACUGCAAGAACUCUACCAGCGGUCCCAAGCCUUUUUUGAAGAACACCACGAUAGAGGUGCUGGAUAUUUCAGUUGAAGGCACGCUUCGAGUUGAGCAUCCUGUUAGGUUCUUCAACAGAACAAUGGUUCCCCAAUUGCCAAAUUUUACAGGAAGCCCUUUCUUGUGCUCUGAGGAACACAAUCAAUUCACUGCAGUCAGUUGUGGCUUGUUUGCCUUUGUAAAGUCAUACCCGGACCAGCGUGUUGGUGGUGGAUGUAUGUCAACUUGUGAUACGAGUGCUGGGCCUGAAGACAACUAUGGAUGUAUUGGUAUUAACUGUUGCCAGAUUGCGCUUCCCAGGAAUCUCAGUUUUUGCUCCUACGUACAGUUUUUGCUCUAG